AUGCAGUCCAAGGUUUGCGUUCUCCUGCUGGCCUUCCUGGUUUCAUCGGUGGCAUCUGCCCCGGAAAAAUCUAGCCGAGUCGUCAACCCUUACGUGGACAUGAAGACUUCGUUGAGCUUUUGGGCCGCCUGGCGUUUCUGUGAAAGCCAGGGAAUGCAGAUGCCACAGAUCACUUCGGAUGCUGAGUUCAACAACUUCCGGCUGGCGACUUCCGCUGACAUGAACGGAAACUGGUGGACCGGAGGAAUCGAUCUGGGAUCAACGGGAUCGUACGUGUGGAUCAACAACGUAAAGUCGGUUUCGAGUCCACUCGGUUACACCAAUUGGUAUCCGGGAGAGCCCAACAACGCCAAUUCGAUUGAGCACUGCAUCGAGAUGAAGAGUCAGUUCUGGAACGAUGCUGACUGUUCGGUUGUUAAGAAAGUUGUGUGUCAACAGAAAACUUCAACAUGUUAAAUGAUUUGAAUAAGCAUUGAACACAAUUUAAAUAUUAUAA